AUGCCAACAGAUCACGAAGAGCCCUGUGGUCCCAGUCACAGGUCAUUUUGCCUGAAUGGAGGGAUGUGUUAUGUGAUAUCCACUAUUCCCAGCCCAUUUUGUAGAUGCACUGAAAAUUAUACAGGAGCUCGUUGUGAAGAGGUUUUUCUCCCAAGCUCCAGCAUCCAAACUAAAAGUGACCUGUUUGCAGCUUUUGUGUCAUUGACUAUUCUUCUAGGAACUCUUAUCAUUGGAGCCCUCUACUUCCUUUUCAGGAAGGGCCACCUUCAGAGGGCCAGUUCAGUCCAGUAUGAUAUCAACCUGGUGGAGACAAGCAGUACCAGUGCCCACCACAGUGAGUAA